CAUGAGACGACACUCAACCAAUUGAGCCACACCAGCCAGAGCACAGAUUUGGAGUCAACAUAUGAGACUGAAAAUAACUUUUCAGGAAAGAACAUUUCUGAAAUAAGCUUUUCCCAAUGGGCAAUAAAGGAAAGAAGUAAAACCCUUGAUCUUGAGGCAUCCAUUUCCGAAAAUAAUUGGAAAUGCAAAAGCAAAUUUGAUGAACUACAGGAACAUCAAGAGGAAUACUUCAGUCAAAUGAUAAUCAGCUAUGAAAAGCCCAGUUACCAAAAAAGUAAAUCUCUUAUUGCACACCAAAGACUUAAUCCAGAGAAACCCGACAUUUGUAAGGAAUGUGGGAAGACUUGUAGUCAUAGUUCAAAACUUGUUCAACAGGAGAGAACUCAUACAGCUGAAAAACACUUCGAAUGUAAAGAAUGUGGUAAGGACUUUUUUAGUGCCUAUCAACUCACUGUGCAUCAGAGAUUUCAUACUGGUGAGAAACCCUACAAAUGUAAGGAAUGUGGGAAGACUUUUAGUUGGGGAUCAAGUCUUGUUAAACAUGAGAGAAUCCACAGUGGUGAGAAGCCCUAUGAAUGUAAAGAAUGUGGAAAGGCCUUUAGUCGUGGCUACCACCUUACUCAACAUCAGAAAAUUCACAUCGGUGUGAAAUCUUAUGAAUGUAAGGAAUGUGGAAAGGCCUUUUUUUGGGCCUCAAGCCUUGCUAAACAUGAGAUAAUUCAUUCAGGUGAGAAACCUUAUAAAUGUGAAGAAUGUGGGAAAGCAUUCAGUCGUGGCUAUCAACUUACACAGCAUCAGAAAAUCCAUACUGGUAAAAAACCUUAUGAAUGUAAAGUAUGUGGAAAGGCUUUCUGUUGGGGUUAUCAACUUACUCGACAUCAGAUAUUUCAUACUGGCAAGAAACCCUACGAAUGUAAGGAAUGUGGGAAGAGCUUUAAUUGUGGUUCAAGUCUUGUUCAACAUGAGAGAAUUCAUACGGGUGAGAAACCCUAUGAAUGUAAAGAUUGCGGAAAGGCUUUUAGUCGUGGCUAUCACCUUGCUCAACAUCAAAAAAUUCAUACUGGUGAGAAACCUUUUGAAUGUAAGGAAUGUGGGAAAGCCUUUAGUUGGGGUUCAAGCCUUGUUAAACAUGAGAGAGUCCAUACUGGUGAGAAAUCCUAUAAAUGUAAAGACUGUGGAAAAGUCUUUGGUAGUUUGUAUCAACUUGCUCGACAUCAGAUACUUCAUACUGGAGAGAAACCCUAUGAAUGUAAGGAAUGUGGGAAGACCUUUCAUUGUGGUUCAAGUCUUGCUCAACAUGAGAGAAUUCAUACUGAUGAGAAACCCUAUGGAUGUAAAGAAUGUGGAAAGGCCUUUAGUCGUGGCUACCACCUUACUCAACAUCAGAAAAUUCACAUUGGUGUGAAAUCUUAUGAAUGUAAGGAAUGUGGAAAGGCCUUUUUUUGGGCCUCAAGCCUUGCUAAACACGAGAUAAUUCAUUCAGGUGAGAAAACUUAUAAAUGUGAAGAAUGUGGGAAAGCAUUCAGUCGUGGCUAUCAACUUACACAGCAUCAGAAAAUCCAUACUGGUAAGAAACCUUAUGAAUGUAAAGUAUGUGGAAAGGCUUUCUGUUGGGGUUAUCAACUUACUCGACAUCAGAUAUUUCAUACUGGCAAGAAACCCUAUGAAUGUAAGGAAUGUGGGAAGAGCUUUAAUUGUGGUUCAAGUCUUGUUCAACAUGAGAGAAUUCAUACGGGUGAGAAACCCUAUGAAUGUAAAGAUUGCGGAAAGGCUUUUAGUCGUGGCUAUCACCUUACUAAACAUCAGAAAACUCAUACUGGUGAGAAACCUUUUAAAUGUAACAAAUGUGAGAAGACCUUCAGUUGGAGUUCAAGCCUUGUUAAACAUGAGAGAGCCCAUACUGGUGAGAAAUCCUAUGAAUAUAAAGAAUGUGGGCAGGCCUUUGGUAGUGGGUAUCAACUUAGUGUUCAUCAGACAUUUCAUACUAGUGAGAAACCUUAUAAUGUAAGGAAUUUAGGGAUAUUUACUCAUGGCUCGGACCUUGUUCAACAUGAUAGAAAUUAUAGUAAUGAUAAACCCCAUGAGUAUGAAGAUGGGGAAGUUUUUAUAUGGUCAACUUAUUCAAUUGAAACAAUAGCUACUGGAGAAGAAAUGUGAAAACAUUUUUGUGUGUGUGACAACUUAAACAGAGAAAUCUUAUUCUAGAGAAAACUUAUGAAUGUGAGGAAUGUGCAAAAGCCUUACCUGUGUGUGGAAAAUUUGGUUGAUAUUAGGAAAUUUAUACUAGUAAGAAAUAUUUUAAAUAUAAGGAAUAUGAAAAGGCCUUUAGACUUCUGCAUAAUCUUAUUGAACAUCAAUGUAUAUUAAUUUGAAACUAUUUAAAUGAAAGGAAUGUAUCUUUAUUCAUGACAUAGAGUCUAAUAAGCAUUGGAGGAUUUAUACUUAUAAGAAACACUUUAAGAAAUGAGGGAAGAACGGAAAUUUAAUUCAGUUCUUGCUCUGCACAUCAGAGAAUUAAUACUGCUGUGAAAUCUUAUGAUUGUAAGGAAUGCAGAAAGGUUUAUACACCGAGUGGCCAGGUUAUUAUGACCACCCCAUCAGUACAAUGAAGUGAAUUAGUUAUGCAAAUAAUAAUAAUAAACCUUGAGAGUAUUUGCUUAGGAAGUUUUCAAUAUUCAGUAUUUUUGGAAGUGUCAAUGAAGUACUGAUGAAGUGGGCAUAAUAAUCUGGCUGGUCAUAAUUGGCCACUCAGUGUAGAUGUAAUAAGCACCUUAGAAUACAUCAGAGAACUCAUCCACACGAGAAACCCUUAGAUUAGAAUGCAGGAGCACCUUUAGACAAGUGCUACUCAAACUUGUCUAGAGACUAGUACUAGUCCACAAAAUUGUUACCUGUGCAUCAUAAGAUAAAUGCAGAAAAUGAGAGUAACUGUUUGGAAACAUUUAUAGCAAUUUGAUACUGCCGUAACAUCAUUGCAUUUUACAAAAGUAUCAAUUAGCCCAUGAAUGAUUGGAAAUUAAAAACAAAAGUUUGCCCUUAUCCAGAAAUAAUUGAGACAACAUUCAUACUUUUAUAAAUGUGACACAAGUUACAAUAUGAUUAAUUGGAACAAGGGAACAAGAAAUCCCUCACUUGUCACCUGAUUAGCAGAUUAUUCAUGCUAUAGGAAGAUUCGGCUAAUCUGGAAAUCACAACUUCCUUAUGCCCAUAAAAGCAUAGAGAAUUUACACCAAGUAUGUUCAUUUAGUAAAUGUAUAGAAGGCUUCUAACAGUACUCAGUCUUUGUUAGAUUUUAUUUUGAAUAAUAAAUAUCCAUUAUUUAUGAAAUUAUUUCUGUGAUGUAACACAGAUAGGAAGCCCCUUAUCCAUGGCACAAACCAUACUGAUUGUCAUCACCAUUCCACCUCUCACGCCCUUUGGGUUGUUGGACAAAAUGUUUAUCCCUUUUGGGGAUCAUCUUUAAAAUGCUGGUGAUGGUAACUAUUUAAUAGUACUUUUGUAAAGAGUGGAUAGAUUUAUAUGCAUCAAAUCCUUGGAAGAGUAUCUGGUAUGUAGCCUAUGCUCAAUGCACAUCAGCUGUUGUUCUUAUCCUCCUCAUUAGUAUUACUACUAGUGAAUUCUUAGGAGAGGAAUGCUCAUUGGCAUAAUGAAUUUAGGAAAGCUUUUCAUAACCACUUAUGAAUUUGAGUUUCAGGUAGUUCAUUCUGGAUAAAAUUCAGUAAAACAAAACCUGAGAGGAUUUUUAUUCAGAAUUUAUCCCUUAAGCUUCAUAAAACAUUAAGACUGAAAAUAAAUGUGGAUUUAGCAAGUGUUAAGCUGGGAAUAUACUUGAAGAACCAGGGAGAGGUGUGAAACAAUUUGCCUGAAAUGAAUUCCAACAGACAGAUAGGCAAUAAUUAUAAUUCCUUGUUCACAUUUCAAGAUAAUUUAGAGAUUACAAAGGAAAAAAAAAUGGCCCAUUUGAGAAUUCUUUCCCAAAAUCUUACGACAAUUUUCAGACAAGUUUAAAGAAUAGUAUAAUGAAUAUACUCUUCUCUACCUAGAAUCAAUAAUUGUUAACAUUUGGCCAUAUUUGCCUUUCUCUCUGAAUAUAUGUGUAUGUAUAUUCAUGUAGCAUUUGACUUAUAUAUUAAGUCAUGAUAGUUCAUUCCUGAACACAUUAGCAUGUACCCUUUUAGAUUAAGAACAAUCUUAUUUUAAUACCGUGGUUAUACAAGAAAAUUAUCAAUAAUUCUGUAAUACUAGUAUUCUUUUCUAUUUCAUAUUUCCCAGUGCUCCCAAUAAUUUAUCCUAUUGCUAUUUAUUUUCUUUUUAAAAAAUAUAUAUGUUCUUAUUGAUUUUUAGAGAGAGGGAAAAGGAGAGAGAGAGAUAGAAACAUCAAUGUGAGAGGAACAUCAAUUGGUUACCUCCUGCAGCCCCCUACUGGGAUGGAGCCCACAACUUGGGCAUUACCCUGACCGGGAAUUGAUCUGGUGACCUUUUGGUGCAUGGGUCGACGCCUGGUGCACUGAGCCACACCGCUGGGCACUAUUUACUUUCUAACCAGCAUCAUCUUUAUAUUCAUGCAUUGUAUUUGGUUGUCAUGUCUCUAGAUUUUAGUCUUGAACAGACAGGAAAGCUGUUUUAUAGAAUGAGUACAUUCUAGAUUUGUUUCUUUCCCCAUUAGGAAAUAGUGCAUUAAGAAAAAAAUUGAAUCGCAAGACUAAAGUCUCACAUUGAAAAAUGACCAGGAUAAAUUUUAGGUUAGUCUAUAGGUAGACCCAUAAUGGUCAAAUAUUGACUGCGUAAAAGUUGUUGAAUAAAUUAUAGCUGCUUGUGGAAGGACAAUUUGGAGAUUUUCUUUUCUUUUUCUUUCUUUUUUUAACCAUAACUGACAUAGUAAGUUCUGAAGAUCUGAGUAUCACAGCUGAUGAGCACAAAGGGACUGAAAGCUGAAAAAUAAGCAGCUGGGGAUGUGCUGAUGUUCACCAGUCAUGUAAAGUGAUAAGACAGAGGAGAGAGAAUAAAAGGAAACAAAUUAGCUCACCAGAACCAGGACAGUAUGAUACUGGUCUUUCAGGAGGCACAUGUUAUGACUCAAUGAUGUGGUCAAUGGGUGUUUUUAUAUCUUAUUAGUUCUGGGAAAUAAAAUCAAUUAAAUUCCUUUACUGUGGUCUAAGAUGAAUCUGAAGAGGAUUUAUGCCUUUUAUCCACACUGCCCAAAGGAAUAGCUCUUUUUUUUAAUAUAUUUUUUAAUUACAAGUGACUUACAGUAUUGUAUUAGCUUUAGGUGUACAACUCAGGAAUUAUAUAACUUACUAAGUGGUCACCCUGAUAACUCUAGUACAUAUAUGACAUGAUCAUGUCAUAUAUACAUACUUACUACUAUAAUAGAGGCCCGAUGCAUGAAAAUUUGUGCAAGAAUAG